AUGGAGGAAAUUCAAAGAGCCUGCGCGGUCGCCGCGGAGAAGGUCCUUGUCGAGGAGAAUUCGCCAAGAGACUCAAUCUACCAGCGGUUAAUCGAGGAACGGGAGGCGAGGAAAGGAGGGCAAGGGGUCAUCGUUCCUGCAAAGCGGCGGGCUACGAGUGCGGGGGUGGAGGACAAAAAGAUAGAAGAGGAGUGGGUAUUUGUGUCGCUAUUGGCUAAGCUCACCCGACAGGUGGUGGGGAACUGCAGUGACUGGGAGUGGAAUCAUAUCUUUCUAAAAAACUUUUUCCUCCCACACGAAACCUUUGCAAAUAGCGAGGAUGCUCAGCAAAUCAGUAUAAUGAGAAAGACUGGCACCUUGAAUGGUGAAGAAUUUUCCGUACCCUUGAAUUUCUACCACUCCGAAGCUAAAAAGAUUACGAACGAUUUUAAUUUGUAA